UAUGAAUCCAUAAAAGUGACGCAACCUGUGGAGGACGCUCGCAACGGGACGAAAAUUAUCGAGCGAUAAGCGCAAUCUUCCGCGAUAACUCUCGCUCGCCCCUGCAGUCCGCCGCUGCGAUACCACGUAUGCAGUCACGGGAACGAGCGAUGUCGAAAAAGGAGAACGGAAGCGGCGAUGACUGCCAGGUGCCGAUUCUGUGUGCAAACGCAUCUCUCCGGUCCAGACUGAACCCCUUGGUUGAUCGCUUCAGGUCGAAGUUCGACAAGGAGCCGACCUUCUUCGUCAGGGUGCCAGGCAGGGUCAACCUCAUAGGGGAGCACGUCGACUACUGCGGCUACUCGGUGUGCCCGAUGGCCAUCGAGCAGGACAUCCUCCUGGCGGUGGCCUCCUCGGACGACGACCAACUGCGGCUGACCAACCUGGACCCCCGAUACGAGGACUUCCACUGCGAUCUGGAGAACCUAGGAGCCUGCAUCGAGAACAAGAGCACGGGCCCAGGGUGGCACAAAUACUUCCUCUGCGGUGUCAGGGGGGCCGUCGAGGCCGCCCUGGGGGUGGAUGCCCCCCCGGGGGGCAUGUUGGCCGCGGUCUGGGGGAACAUCCCCCCAAAGUCCGGACUUUCGAGCUCCUCGGCUUUGGUUUCCGCGGCCGCCCUGGCGACCAUCCAUGCCGGCCAGCGACGACUACCGAAGGAGGAGAUCGCGACUCUGUGCGCCGAGGCCGAAAGGUAUAUCGGCACCCAGGGUGGCGGAAUGGACCAGGCGAUCGCGUUCCUUGGCAAAGCCGGCACGGCCAAACUGAUAGACUUCAACCCUCUGCACGCCACCGACGUCACUUUGCCCGAAGAUGCGGUCUUCGUGAUCGCCCACAGCCUCACCUAUCACAACAAGGCCUCCACCAAGGACUAUAACCUCCGCGUCGCCGAGUGUAGGAUGGCCGCCCAGAUCAUCGCGAAGAGCAGGAACCAGGAUUGGAAAGCGGUCCAGAAGCUAAUCGACGUCCAAAAGUUACUUGACAAGACCCUCGAGGAGAUGGCCGCCAUCGCGAUGGAAGAUUUGCCAGAGACCCCUUACACCCUGUCGGAGAUAUGCGACAUCCUCGGGACGUCGCAGGAGCAACUUCAAAGGGUCUCGCACCUAUCCCCCUUCGAGGACUCUCAGACCUUCAAGCUUCGCCAGCGUGCAAUUCACGUUUUCCAAGAAGCCAACCGGGUCCAGGCGUUCCGAAGAGUGAACGAGGACGCGACGAUGAACGAGCAGGACAAGCUGUGCCAAUUGGGCAGCCUCAUGUCGAAGAGUCAUGCCAGCCUGCACCAGCUUUACGAGUGCAGCAACCCCAGCGUCGAUGCACUCGUCGAGGCGGCGCUGCAAUGCGGAGCACUCGGCGCGAGAUUGACGGGGGCAGGGUGGGGAGGCUGCGUCGUGGCCAUUGUGCGGAAGAGCGAGGUCGCCGAGUUCCUGGAGGCCAUGCAAGAAAAUUUCUACAAAUCUCGAGAUACAAGCCUCGACAAAAAGCACCUCUUGUUCCCAACCGAGCCCAACCAAGGUGCAGCGAUAUACAUAAACUAGUUCCUAAUAAUCAGACGUAACUACUUUCUUGGUCAAUUCUCGCGUGUCGCUCGAAUAAUCGUCUCCGUCGUGAUACAAUGCCCCUCGAGGAUGCAGACAGGAGUCAUGUACACCGGCGGUCAUGACUGGCGGACAUGACUCGUGAAAAACGAGCUCGAGAACUUAUGUACUUGCGGUACUUGAUGUAUAAUAAACUGUAAAGUAAUUAAUGUAAUAAAACAACUUAUUAAACGAUAACAACGAGUGUGUCUAGCAAACCCUCUAAUCGCCUAUUCCUGAUCCUUGAAAAUCACUCGUAGAUCUAAGGCACGGAACUCGGUGGCACCUCCUCGGUUGUCCUAUGAUCCUGUUAGAAAUCGCCAGAGGUGGAACAGAUCAUAGCCAUGACCGCCAGUGUACCCCGUACAGUAAACGCAAAGAGUAUGAGACGCCUUUUGGUCACCCCUUUCCAUACAUCUUAUUAGCGGUCUCCCCACCCUCUUUAUUGAUUUUAUUUCGAUAGCAUGCUUAGCCGGCCCUAAAAAAUUGAGGUGGUCGAUUUAUUCUCCGUGAAUCUCACGGCUGAAAGGGGUCCUUGUUCAUGGUUAGGACAAAGCCCCGACCCCGGAAGACCCGACCUUCCCGAAUCCGGGAGACGAUCUCGAGGGUGGCAGGGAAAGAGGUCGACCUUUUUCCCGAGUUCAAUCCAGAAAACGAGGACCAUGGAGGGGAAGGAUUUUCCUGGGACCUUCAAAUUGAGGAGACUCGGUUUUCUUCUAAAUUCGGGCCGGAUUCUCCGCGUGUCGACGUCGCGGAAUCGACGAUUC